AUGGAGACUAUUCCAAUUGUCAUCAAGCACCAGGGCAAGAAGUACAACGUGGAUCUUGACCCUUCGGCGAACGGUGAAAUGCUCAAAUACCAACUCUUUUCCCUUACCGGCGUCGAACCUGAGCGUCAAUCUGUUCUGAUAAAAGGAGGCAAAUUGAAGGAUGAUACUGAUCUGUCCAAACUCAGCGCGAAACCUGGUCAAGUCUUUACCAUGCUGGGAACCGCUUCAUCUGAAUCUAGUGCUCUGGUGGCACCGACCGAGAAAAUGAAAUUCGUCGAGGAUAUGACCGCAGCUGAAGCUGCCGCGCAAGAGGGUGCUACACCUGCCGGUCUUCAGAACCUUGGAAAUACCUGUUAUCUGAAUUCUACUCUCCAAGUCCUGCGAAGCAUACCGGAAAUGCAAGAGGAGCUGAAGUCAUAUAAGCCCGGUUUGGAUUCAGGCACCAGCCUGCAGGAUCUCAGCCAGUUUGGUCUUGGUGGCCUCGGUUCAACGACCGACUUGACCGCGCAACUGCGAGACCUCUACAGACAGAUGUCGGAAACCCAGGAAGGCAUUCCUCCCCUGAUGUUCUUGAACGCACUUCGAAACCUCCACCCUCAAUUCGCCCAAAAAGCUAAGAACGGUCAUGGCUACGCACAACAGGAUGCCGAGGAGGCUUGGUCACAAAUCGUCCAGCAACUUAGACAACAUCUCAAGGUUUCAAACCAUGGGUCGAACGAGCAGAAGCAGGUGGCUUUCAUUGACCGAUACCUUGCGGGAUCAUUCCACUCUUCACUGGCACCCCCACCGGAAGCUGCCGACAACGAGCCUGUUGUCGAGUCUGAUGACGUCUUUUUGAAGCUUGACUGUCACAUCGAUGCCUCUAUUAACCACCUUCGAGAUGGAAUCAUGGCUGGCUUGAGGGAAGAAAUCGAAAAGAAUUCUCCCACUCUGGAACGUAAUGCCACCUACGUCAAGACCUCUCGUAUCUCCCGUCUUCCAAAAUACCUGACCGUACACUUUGUCCGAUUCUUCUGGAAGAAAGACGUCCAAAAGAAAGCCAAAGUGUUGCGGAAAGUCACAUUCCCGGAGGAACUUGAUGUGGUGGAGUAUUGCACGGAAGACUUGAGAAAGCGAUUAAUACCUGUUCGAGACAAGGUUCGCGAAAUUCGGAAAGAUGAACAGGACGUCGAGAGGGCGCGGAAGCGACAAAAGAUGGCACACAAACAGGAAGAAGAUCGAAAGCACGAUGAAGCAUCAAAAGCCGUCGAAGCCGCUCCGAUUGCCAAACGACGAGAACAGUUGGAGCAGAAAGAAAAGAAUGAGCCGAAGGAAAAGGAACGGGAAGGAGGCGAAAUGGAUGUAUACAAAACCGAUGCCGAGUAUGAGGCCGAACGUGCUGAAGCAAUCAAGCAAGCCAAGAAGGAACUCUUUGCUGUCAUCGAUCCAGAGCUUGCGGCAGAUGAGGGGUCCAACAUGUCUGGCCUGUAUGAGCUCAGAGGUGUCAUUACUCAUCAAGGAGCCAGCGCCGACAGUGGACACUACACCAGCUUUGUCAAGAAGCAGGGCAAGCUCGUCGAUGAUCCGAAAGCGCCCGGCGGCAAGAGAAGAGAGGAGGAUGGCAAAUGGUGGUGGUUCAAUGAUGACAAGGUCAGCGAAGUUGAUGCUGAAAGAAUUAUGACUCUGGCUGGUGGCGGCGAAAGUGCCUCUGCCCUCAUUCUGCUUUACAAAGCCAUCGACCUACCCACCAAGGAUGAAGUGGCAGAGUAA